UCGCACACAUACACGCGAAAAUCUCUACAGCUUUGAAACUCGAUAUCACACUGCACUUGGAGGCGCGAUUUUUUACUUGUUCAUCAAUGAAGCGCAAGCUCAAGGCUAAAGCUAUUGCGGAAGUCGAAGCGUCGUUACUCGAAGAACAACCACUCUGCUUCACCAGAAAGCAGCUCCGUUCGCGGUUCUCUCGUCGCCGCCGGAUUCACAUCUCUCCUAUUGUUCUCGUUUCUGGAACCGAUUCACAUGUUACAGCAGCAAGUGAAAUUUCAUGUGACUCCAGCAUUGCUUCGGUCAGCAACCAGAAUCCGCCGGACUUAAGGAAUGAGUUCCGGAGAGUUGUCACUAGAGCGUAUUACAGGAAGAAUUUUAAGAAGGAGAACAGAAAUUGUGAUGAGGCGCUGGAGUUAUCGGAUACUUCAUGCGUGGAAUCGUGCUCAGGACCACACAGAGAUUUGAGUUGGAAGAGUGGAAAUGUGGAGAGAUUAAAAGUUAAAGGAGGAGAAGUUGCCAAGUCCGAAGUUACUAGCACUUCGCGGUUCUCAUUUCGCCAGAGCGACGCUGGGAAAGUCAAGGAAAAUGAUCAUUCCGUCCAAAUCACUCAAAAGGAGGUUCUAUCUAACAUUUCUGGACUUGACAACAUUUUUGUUGAAGGAAUUACAAAUUCAGAAGCUGGAAAGUGUAUUUUACCUGAAAACAAAGCCGUAUCAAUUCAUUCCAUUCAGCGGUCAAUCAACAUAAGUGAAAACAGAGCCAUGUCUGAAGAGCUGCGACUUCCAAAGCUCGCAUUGGACGUUGAUUUGUCUUGCUCGGAGCAGUUCUCCAACGGUGGAGUUAUAAAUGAUGGUGCAGAAGAAGAGGAGCACAACUCCUCGUCGUCACAGAUUUUCCAGGUAGUUUCGGAUUCGGAAUUAGAAAGUUCAGAGUAUUCGCCGUCUUUCUGGAGUUAUGCUUCUGGAAGUCAAUUUUCCGAGAAGUCGAUCGGAGAUGAGAGUUCUUCGCCUACUUUUGAAUUGUUCAGGCAGUUUAAACAGCAGUUCUGCAGAUCGACCUUUGACUUAAAAGCCUGUGAUGAUCACAAUUCUCAUGAAAUAAAUUUGGGGCUAGAAGAUGAAGAAGAGGAAGAGAGCUACAGGAUGAUGAAGAAAAGAGAGAGGAGACAAGAGUAUGUGCAUGACUAUGUGCAGGAAUACAGUAAAACUACUGAGUAUGGCGAACUUGUCAUUCAGCAACGGUUACAUAUGGUCCACUGGAUAGUUGAGCAAGCUCGCAACAAGGAGCUUCAGAAGGAAACCCUGUUUUUAGGAGUUAAUCUUCUUGACAGAUUUCUGAGUAAGGGAUACUUCAAAAACAUGAGAAAUCUUCAGAUUGCUGGCAUCGCGUGCCUCACUCUAGCCACUAGGAUUGAAGAAAACCAACCCUACAACUGUAUACAGAAAAAGACAUUCUCUGUCGGAAGCACUUUAUAUGGCCGGUGUGAAGUGGUAGCUAUGGAGUGGCUGAUUCAGGAAGUCCUUAACUUCCAGUGCUUCCUGCCCACCUUGUACAACUUCUUAUGGUUCUACCUAAAAGCUGCAAGAGCUAAUGAGAAUGUGGAAAAGACAGCCAAAUACCUAGCAGUACUCACACUGAUGGGCCAUCAGCAGCUUUGCUAUUGCCCAUCAACUGUUGCAGCAGGACUUGUCAUCGUUGCUUCGGUUGCAACAAGUCAAGAUGCAUCCUGCCACCUGGUUGCUACGAUUCAUGCCAGACAGAAGGAUAAAGAUUUACCUGAAUGCAUCAAGAGCCUCGAAUGGUUGGUGAAGUACCUCUGACAGCUAUACGUUUCAAGUUUUCCAAUAUUCAUGUAGAUAAAUUUUGAAGUUCACUGCCUGUCUUACAGUUGUCAUAAACAGUUGAUAGAAGAAUCUGAAAGCAAGGUUGUACAUUAGAAUAGAAUCUGUAAGCAACACUACACAUUCUUCCAGUAAGCGGCCUCUGAUAAACUGUUGAUCUUAAUCCCACCCAUCUUAAG